UCGUCGAAGGUUUAAACGUCUGAAUAUAUUAUACUGAUAUACGCACAUCGGCUUACACAGGGGAAAAAAAAUAAAACGCUUGCGUUUAAUUUACGAUGAAAAAUAAAUAGAUAAAAACAUAUGCUGUAAACCGAUCGUUUCCAAGAAUACGGUAUCCAUCAAAUUCAUUUUAUUUUAUUUGUUUUAAAAAUUUUAGUUAAAAAAAAAAAAAAAUUGCACGAGAGAUCAAAAUAGUAAUAUGACCGACGAUAGCCACGCACGAGAUUAUUCAAAAGGAGGAGUGCGGAAUACAAUUCCGCCGGACCAGAUCAAUAGACUGAGCUACUGUUUGCAUCCCGACGGUUACAUUAACCCCUACGAAACACCGGUCGCCUUAACCGAGUACCAGCUAAAGUAUUGUACUUUCAAGUUGGAAAACACCAAGCAAUUAGACGUAUCGCGUGCCGAACGGAACCGCGUGCUCGCCCUAAUGGAAAACCUGUCGACAGUCCAGCAGCGAUCGUUCACCAACCCACACGAUUCCCAUUACCCGGUCAUAGGUUCGACCGCGAUAAAGCCAGCUCUGGACCGGAGCAAAGAGGCUGAAAUGAGAAACUUCAAGAUGAACGGCUGGAGUGAAUAUCAGGCCGUCUACGACCGGUACGGGUACAAGGCGAUUGCGUGA